GUUUGGGCAACCAACAUGGUCACCAUUUCAUUGUUUUGGAAUACCAAUAUGGCCGCCUUGAGGUCAUGUGAAAACACUCUCUAUACUUCUGUACAACAGGAAUGUACACCAUGCACUCCCUCGAGUGCAUGAUUAGCUGUACAUUUACUUCAGUGUUUCCUUCGUUAUUUUUUGGACCAUCUGUGCAGAUGUCGUGUGGUUCAGUUCCCGAAAGGCUUGACAUCUAGAAUAUUUUCUAUCUAGUCUCUAAAAUAAAAUACUCUUGUUGGUGGCCUUGUAGUGAUGAUAUCAACUUUUGUAGCAGUCAGUCGAGAAAGCAAAAAUUUUUAAGGUUCUCCUUUUUACUGCAUAAGUUGGUGAAAAUCGUCACGGCAUGUCACUGAUUUAGUUACCUCUAUCAGGGUUCUAUCUGGGAUUUAUCAUUUGGGGGAGAAGUCUCGAGUGCAAAAGGUCACAAGCUUCCUGGGGGGGUGGGGUGUGCCCCCCCUGAAAUGUUUUGAAAUGAAUAUGCGCUGAGAUGCAAUCUAGUGCAUUUUGAGACAAUUUUUAGAAAUUUGUUUCAAAAUAAGAAUAUUCUCUAUUUUUCCUUGUCAUAUAGUGUCCUUAGACAGUGAAUGAUUACUUUAUUUGUACUGGCCUCGUCUUGUCUGGAUGAUUUUUCCGAUAUAGGUUCUUAUAUACUGUAAUGAUAACAAUAUUUUUUUUGGGGGGGGAGGGGAAGCUUCUACCCCUCAGAUACCCUAGAUAGAACCCUGUCUAUCAGAUACCUGCACUCUGUUGUUUAGAAGAGUUGGUCAUUGCAAAAUAAGACCAUUUCUCAGUUGUUCCAAGGCUUAAAGAAAGACUCAUUUUUGUACUUGGCCUCAAUUUGAUAGUGAGGACUCCAGAACUAGGAAAAAGCUUAGAAUGGAUCAUUGCGCCUUUUAGGCCACUACUAAGUCUUCAGACUGCAAGCAUUCUCUUAGUUUCUUUAUAGUCCGUGGAGUGGCACGCCGGGGGGACUCCUAUUUAAAAGUGACAGGGAUGCUUGUCGGAAAUUUAAAAUGAACUCUUUAAGUCCCAAUGGUGACCAACACCAAUUUUCUCCCAAUGAUAUCCAUAAAUUGUCAAGAGAUUGGGUUAUGAGAAUUAAUAAAAUGAACACCUAAGAGAAAAUGCUUUGACCUUUUAUCAAAUUCUCUCAACACAUUCUUUAAGGAAAUGUAUUGAGAUCAGUUUGGAGAAUUUGUAUGUGGAUAUUGGAGGUUAAAGGGUUAAACCCCUAAGGGAGACCAAUGUGACCAUUUGACUAAAACAGAGAUCACGGCAUUUUUUUUUAUGCACAGCCUUAAGUAAUACCUGAAUGGGCAAAUAUAGGUUGAGUGGUUCUAACAAUAUGGAAAACAAGAAUAAAUUAGUUGUGAGAAGC